AAGAGUCAAGUAUAGCAUAUGUACAGACAAGAGACUAGUGGUAGAAACCCUAACAACUACUACUGUGUGAAGCGAAGCUGUCUCUAUAAUUGAGUACUGAAGAACCCUUUAAGCUUUAUCUCCCUCUAUGCUUUACUAUUUCCUUUCACUAUAAAUCUAACCUUGGGGUUUCUCAUUUCUCAUUGCUAACUUCAUCACUUUCUCAUUGAUCAAGUAAGUAGCUAGAUACAAGUUCUUGGAUCAAAGUUUUUAGCACUAUGGCUUUGAAAGUUGCUUUGAUCUUCUUGGUUGUCUCUUUGCUUGCGGUUUUUACUUUGGGUGCCGAUAAUGUCGGGACGAAAACUGCCUCAGGUAAGACUACAGUUCCACCAGUAGCACCAGUUAAGGCACCAGUUCCAGCACCAGUCAAGCUUCCAGCUCCAGCACCAAUUAAGGUUCCAGCUCCAGUUAAGGUUCCAUCUCCAACACCAGUGAAGGCACCAGCUCCAGCACCAAUUAAGGUUCCAACUCCAGCACCAGUCACGAUUCCAGCUCCAGUACCAGUUAAGGUUCCAUCUCCAGCACCAGUGAAGGCACCAGCUCCAGCACCAUUGACAUAUCCUGCAGCUUGCCCGGCAUUAUGUGUCGAUCGGUGCGCAGCUCAUUCGAGGAAAAAUGUGUGCAAGAGGGCUUGUGAAACUUGUUGUGCACGUUGCAAAUGUGUUCCACUUGGUACAUCUGGUAACUACGGAACCUGCGGAAAAUGCUACUUUGAACAGAAAACUCAUGGUGGUGCACGCAAAUGCCCUUAAUUUAUCGAUCCAUCAAUCAUUCUAGUUUAUUGUUAAUUUGUUCUUAUAAAUUCACUUAUUGCAUUAAUAUGUAUUUCUUUAAUUAGUAGUUUUCAAUGUGUACGAUUAUCUAGAGAGGGAAUGUAAUGGGUUCUAUUUUCGGAACACAGUAUUGAUAAUAUUACUACUAUUUAUUUUGGGUUUAA